UAGUGGAGCGCCCAAGCCCUCCAGACGUGGUUCAAAAAGUGCGAGAUUGCGAAUCGCGGGUAUUAUCAAUCAACUUGCUGAGUUAUAUAAUUCGGGCGGUAGACAAGCCCCCGGAAAGUUCCGACUGCGAAUUGUAAAUAGAAUUGGCUCUGACCCACUGAUCGCCAUUUAAAUUGGGUGUUUAGUUUCCAGCAACAUGGCCGAUCGACCGCCGGAUGCGAAGGCUCCCAAGCCACUGAAGCCCGUCACCAAGACAGGCGAUCCCAUAAUCUCGCAGAUCGGCGACUUCCGGCGCUACCAGUUGUUCUUCUUCCUAAUCGUCGUACUGUGCAAAUUCGGAACGGGCUGGCACACCCUGGGCCACAUCUUCCUCGCCGCACCCACGCCGCUAUCCUGCCGGACGGAGAAUGUCACGGAUCCCUGCAGUGACGAAUGCUCCGAGACCGAGUUCGACAACAGCGUUUUCGAGUCCACCAUCAUAACCGAGUGGGAUCUCACCUGCGAGAGCAAACGGCUGGCCAGCUUGUCCCAGAGUAUCGUCAUGCUGGGCAUCCUGUUCGGCAGCAUUCUGUUCGGCAUGUUUGCUGAUCGGUGUGGACGACGCCCUGCCUUCCUGACCUGCUGCUUCAUGCAGCUGAUCACUGGCCUCAUCGUCUGCGUAUCGCCCUACUAUUGGUUCUACUGCCUCUUUAGAUUUCUGGUGGCCGUUGCCACGGCGGGAACCAUGACCACCAGCUUCGUCCUGCUGAUGGAAAUCGUGGGACCCAAGAAGCGCGAAUUGGUGGCCAUCCUCUACCAAAUCCCCUUCAACAUCGGCCACGCCUCUCUGGCCCUUUUCGCCUACUUUAUUCGAGACUGGCGCUGGUUCCAGUUCAGCAUCACAAUUUUCUCGGUCGUGUUCGUGAUCUACAUUUGGCUGGUGCCCGAGUCGCCACGCUGGCUCUUCACCACCGGCAGGGUGGACAAGUCCAUAAAGAUUCUGGAGAAGAUCGCCAAGUGUAACAAGGCGCCGACGGAAACCAUUCGCCCGGAGAUCGAGGCGGCCUAUGCGGCACUGGCAGCCCGCCAGCCGGUCAAAAAGGGCACCGUGGUGGACCUAUUCCGGACACCCUAUAUGCGGGUGAAGACCAUCUGCAUGGCCAUCAAUUGGCUGGUGGUUUGCAUGGUCUACUAUGGCACCGCGCAGUAUGUCUCGGCGCUGGGCGGCAACAUCUUCAUCAGCAACGCCAUAGCCGCCGGCGUGGGCAUUCCGGGCACUUGCCUCUGUGUGGUCAUGACCAAGUACCUCGGACGCAAGAUGACCCUGCUUCUGUCCAAUGGAUGCAGUGCUCUGGGCCUGAUCCUAUUGGCUUGCCUUUCCGGUCAGGCGGAGGUGGUGCGUGUGUCCUGCGCCACCAUUGGACUCUUUGGCGCCUCGGUCACCUUUCCGAAUGUCUACUUGUACGGCGGAGAGCUCUUUCCCACGGUGGUGCGUUCCAGUGGAGUGGGUCUCUGCUCGAUGGUCGGCCGAGUGGGCUCCAUUGUGGCACCGCUGAUCGUCGAUCUGGCUGCAUACGGUCUGUGGGUGGCGCCCCUGAUCUUUGGAAUUUUCUCCGUUCUGGCAAUCGUCGCCACAAUUUUCUUGCCGGAAACACGAGGAUCUCCUCUGCCGGAAACCCUGGAGGAUGGAGAGACUUUUGGCCGUAAGAAGAAGACGCAGGCAUAGGGCUUUUCUCUCAGUGUUGCAUCGGUGUAGCAGCAAGGCCAGAAUUUAUAAUUUUCGGGCCCGGCUAAACUCCUAUUGCCAGGGCUCUAAAAUUAUUAAAUUUCGCCUUAAGUUGAGAUUUAUACGAUGCGAUAUGUCAGUCACCGAAAAGCCAAACUGCAGUUCGUGCCGCAAAAAAAAGGCGAAAAAGAAAAAGAAAAAGAAAAAAAUUGAAAAAUCUAGCGAAUGCAAAAGGUAAUUACCGCGGAGUAACUUCCACUUCGUGAUUAUUAAAACUGGGUUAGCAGUCUGCAGUCUACAGUCUGCAUCCAGUCUCAAUCGUAGCUGUUCUCCAACUGCCUUAAUGUCGAGGUGCAAAGCAGCCAAAUAGCUAACUGGCAAACCCGCCAAGUGACUGGUAAUGCAAACUUCGCAUGUGAACCCAAUCGAUAGCAGCUAGGACCAAUGAAAUUAUAUAGUAGAAUUUAAGCAGCAGUGGAAACCUUUUUCUCUGGACCGAACAAGAAGUGCAUCUCAUAAGUUAUCUGUAGCCAAAAGCGAUGCAUUUAAUCUGGAAUAUUUGCACCAGCUGUCGCUGUAUGUCCGCCCAAAUCUGUACCAUCAAGGUCGUAUAAAACAUUAACUGGAUUGUUGCGACAAUAGUUUAAGAGCAACACAAUGUAAUUUUGAGUCGAAUAAAUGGCAUUUUAGCAUUGCAUUUAAGAAAACAA